AUGACCGCGCCCAAUGAGCGAGCGAUAGCUGAAAAUGUUGUCCCCAACAAAGUCGACACAGAGAAGAAAUCUGCGGGCGACGAAAAGUUGAACGAAGCGUCGAAAGACGGCUUAAUCACAGAAGACAAGGAAGGAAGCUUGAAAGACUACUUCCGUAUAUUCACGUAUGCUAGCACCAGCGAUCGAAUUCUGUAUACUGCUGGGUUUGCAGGUGCUAUCGCCGUCGGCGCUGCCCUACCAUUAAUGACUUUGAUUUUCGGCAAAUCUACUGCGGAGUUCAACCAGCAGGCCACAAGUCAGGACAGCUCAAAUUUUACGAAAAACAUUAACAGUCUUGUCCUCUAUUUCAUAUACUUGUUUGUUGCUCGCUUUGUCAUCGGCUAUCUGAGUACUUUGUGCAUUUGCAUCGCCGCGGCCAGAACGACAUGCGCCUUACGAGAGGAUUUCCUAGACAAGCUGCUACGACAAGACGUAGCGCAUUUCGACAAAGAAGGUAGCGGAUCUGCUGCGACCCAGGUAACCACAAAUGGCAACAGAAUCAACCAAGGCAUCGCCGAAAAAUUGUAUACGUGCAUUCAAGGCAUGUCACUGUUUUUCUCUGGCUUCAUUGUAGCGCUGGCCGUUCAAUGGAAGCUUGCUCUGAUUGUGAUGAGCAUAAUACCUGCUAUUUUCCUGAUCACUGGAGUGUGUAUCGGCCUUGAUGCCCCAAUUGAAGCUAAAGUGACCAAGAUCUACUCUCAAGCUGGUACAUUAGCUCAAGAUGCAAUCAGCUCGAUCCGGACUAUUCAUGCCUUCGGGGCGCACGAGAAAAUCGUCGCGAAUUACGAAACCUACCUGCAGAGAGCGCACAAAGAAGGCAACAAGAAGUCUGUCAUCUACGGAGUUCUGUUCUCUGGACAGACUUUCCUGGUCAUGUCUGGUACUGCCUUGGCCUUCUGGCAGGGCUUCCGGAUGUUUCAAAGUAGAGAAAUUGGCGACGUGGGCACAGUAUUCACCGUUGUGCUGAGCGUCGUUCUUGGUGCUACUGCAACCCUUCUCAUUUUCCCACAGUUUCAGGCCAUCACAAAUGCUUCGUCAGCUGCUGGCGAGCUGUUUUCAAUCAUUGACAGUCCACCUACGCUCGAUCCAUUGUCAACCGAGGGUUUACAGCCCUCCAGCUGCACUGGAGAAAUCGUCGUUAAUGAUCUCCGCUUCGCUUAUCCUGCCCGACCGAGCGCCCAAGUUUUACAGAGCCUGAGCUUAUCUAUACCAGCUGGAAAGACAACAGCCCUAGUUGGACCUAGUGGCUGUGGAAAAUCGACUUUGGUGGGUCUACUCGAGCGAUGGUAUCAGCCCACAUCCGGUCAGAUCUUUCUCGAUGGUCUUGAUAUUGCGGAGUACAACACAAAGUGGUUGCGAAGCAAUAUUCGCCUUAUACAACAAGAGCCCACCCUGUUUCAAGGAACGAUCUACGAGAACAUUUCCAAAGGUCUGAUUGGGGCCCAAAAACAUCUAUCAGAAGAAGAAAAGAUGGAAAUUAUCCAAGAAGCCUGUAAGACCAGCAAUGCGCAUGACUUCAUCGAGGCAAUGCCGGAAGGCUAUCACACGCAAGUCGGCGAGAGAGCAAGCAUGCUCAGUGGUGGUCAACGACAGCGUAUUGCUAUCGCUCGAAGUAUCGUAUCGAACCCCAAGAUUCUGCUAUUUGAUGAAGCGACCAGCGCGUUAGAUCCCCGCUCAGAGAAGGUCGUACAGAGCGCACUGAAUCGUGCUUCAGUAAACAAAACCACUUUGAUCAUCGCUCACAAGCUUGCUACUGUUAUGGCGGCCGACAAUAUCGUUGUCAUGAAGGAUGGCCAGAUCCACGAGCAAGGCACACACUAUAAACUUAUUGAGAGUGAUGGUCUCUAUGCCGCGAUGGUACGUGCGCAAGACCUUGGUACAAAAGUCAAUGACCAAGAUACCCAAGAUGAGCUAUUGAAAACUGCAUAUCUUGAGGAGGAUCUGGCCCCCAAAGCCACAUUUCAAAGAACGCGAUCUCACAAAGACACGACUGAGCUCGAACGCGAAGUGGAACAACUCGCUGCCGGCACUCUUGGCUAUUCUCUUACCAGAUGCAUCUGGAUAAUGCUGAAGGAAAACAAAGAUGUCUACUACUGGUAUGCUGCCACGAUUGCUGGAGGGGUCAUCGGGGGCGGCACCUACCCAGCACAAGCCAUCAUCUUUUCCCGUCUUGUUCGAGUGUUCACGUUACAAGGAUCCGAAGCACAGGACCAAGCCAACUUCUGGGCGUUGAUGUUCUUCGUUUUGGCGCUGGCCAACCUCUUCGCGUACUUUACCAUUGGACUUGCAUGCAAUAACAUCGGACAAACUUUGACACACCGAUAUCGCAGAGAGAUGAUCGAGCGUAUCAUCAGCUUUGAUCAAGACUUCUUCGACCGCCCAGAAAACUCAUCUGGUUCAUUGACCUCAAAGCUGUCAUCCGCGCCUACAGCGCUACAAGAGCUCAUGUCUGCGAAUCUAGGUCUUAUGUUCAACAUCUUAGUCAACAUCACUGCCAGUAGUGCGCUGGGCAUAGCUUACGGAUGGAAGCUUGGAAUCACUCUUGUGUUUGGAGGACUGACCAUCAUUGUGGCUGCCGGAUACUAUCGAAUUCGACUCGACCAGAAACUCGAAGCUAGUACAGAAGAACAUUUUUCAGGUAGUGCUGGACUAGCGACUGAGGCCGUCACCUCCAUCCGAACAGUCAGUAUGCUUACACUCGAAACGUCUAUCAUACGUCGAUACAGCCACAUACUUCGCAUCAUCACGAACAAAGUCGUCAGGAAUCUUAUCUUUACGCUCAUUCCAUAUGCACUCUCACAAUCUGCAGACUUUUUAGUUAUGGCACUCGGCUUCUGGUAUGGAUCACAGCUUAUCGCAAAGGGCGAGUACGACACAACGCAAUUCUUUGUUAUCUUCAUAGCUAUUGUCUUCGGCGGCCAGGGCGUUGCACAAUCCUUUAUGUACUCGACAUCGAUCACAAAAGCGAAAGGAAGUGCCAACUAUAUCCUGUGGUUGCGUUCUAUCAAACCUACUAUUCGAGAAUCCAACGAGACAAAUGGUAAAGGCCCGUCCUCAGAUGGAAUCAUAGCAAUGGAGGAAGUCGAGUUCAGAUACAAGCAGCGUAACACGUCUAGGGUGCUGAGGGGAAUCUCUAUGAAGAUCAAGCCUGGCACAUUCGCCGCCUUCGUUGGCCCGUCAGGCUGUGGCAAGAGUACGGUCGUCUCCCUGCUGCUUCGCUUUUACGACCCAAUAUCCGGCCGCAUUACAAUGAACGAUCAGGACAUAUCCCUCAUGUCUCCCCAACUCUAUCGACGCUACAUGUCUCUUGUCCAGCAAGAGCCACCGUUGUACCUUGGCUCUGUGCGCGAAAACAUAUCCCUCGGUCUCGAACAUGAGCCUUCUGACGCAGAAGUUCAGGAAGCAUGUCGUCAAGCCAACGCCUUAGAGUUUGUGACUUCGUUACCUGAAGGCUUCAACACACCUUGUGGAUCAAAAGGCCUGCAAUUUUCUGGCGGGCAGAGGCAGCGCAUUGCAAUUGCUAGAGCACUGAUACGCGAGCCAAGAUUGUUGCUGUUAGAUGAGGCCACGUCGGCAUUAGACACGCAGAGCGAAAGAAUUGUGCAGAAAGCGCUGGAUGAGGCCGCGAUGACGCGGACGACUAUCGCUGUCGCACAUAGGUUGAGCACAAUUCGGCAUGCUGAUAUCAUCUUUGUUAUGGAAGACGGGAUAAUCGCGGAAAUGGGCACACACGAGGAAUUGCAAGAACUAAGAGGAAGGUACUUUGCUACUUGUCUUGCACAGUCGCUUGAUCAGGCAUGA